GAAAAACAGCGGCAUCAUCAUUGCCAUCAUUCUUCUUCAGCAUCCACGCCUGCCUGUGUUACAUUACGAAUACAACUCAAAUAUUACUAACUAAUGUGAGAAACUAAUUCCACUUCCAGUCGUUGAUUGGGAAGCACAAAUCAAAUCAUGAAUGGGGCCAAUUUGAACGUGAGAAGACUUGCGAUGGGGACGUCCAACGACGGAGCCGGCGGUCCCAUUCGCGCGCCAGUCAGGCCGAAGCCCCGGAGGUCGGCCAGCAACCAAAUUGACGGCGUGGUGGAAGAGACUGAGUCCCGAGUACUCGUAUUGUACGCAGGGGGAACAAUUGGCAUGUAUAAAGAAAAUGGUGUUUAUGUGUCCAAACCAGGUUACAUGCAUAAACUUGUGCGCUCCCUAACCAUGCUGCAUGAUGAAGAGUAUGCAUGUCAACUGGAACAAACUCCAGAAAUGGCAGAAAAACCUUUUGCUUUGCCCUUGUCAAAAGGGCGCCAUCGUGUGAUCUACGAUAUCCACGAGUACAGCAUUCUGAAAGACUCCAGCAACCUGAACAUUUCAGAUUGGGUCGAGAUGGCCGAGGACAUCGGCAGAUACUACAGGAUGUAUGAUGGAUUUGUUAUCCUCCAUGGUACGGACACCAUGGCGUAUACCUCGUCAGCCCUGUCAUUCAUGCUGGAGAACCUUGGUAAGCCGGUCAUACUCACCGGCGCUCAGGUUCCACUGCCGGAGCUUCGUAGCGAUGGCAGAGACAACAUGCUCGGAGCCAUCUACAUUGCAGGGCAUUAUGUCAUUCCUGAGGUGACUUUAUACUUCAAUGAUAAACUCUAUCGAGGCAAUCGCAGUGCCAAAGUGUCAUGUGAAAGUUUCCACUGCUUUGAUUCGCUAAACUUCCCACCACUGGUCUCAAUGGCAGUCAAUAUAGUAGUUGAAUGGGGAAACAUCUUCCGUCCAAACACCUUGGAGAGUCUUAACGUUCACUCCAGCAUGGAGAGCCAAGUGGGUCUCCUCAGGCUCUUCCCGGGUAUCACAAAGGAAACGGUUGAGGCCUUCCUGAGCCCGCCAUUAAAAGGAGUUGUAAUGCAGACCUACGGGGUGGGAAAUGGCCCAGAUGAAAGGGUAGAUCUCAUCCAAGCAAUCAAGGAAGCAACCCAAAGAGGGGUACUGAUCAUUAAUUGUACUCAGUGUGCAAAAGGCUCCGUGUCUGCUACGUAUCGCACAGGAAUGGCUCUACUGGACGCUGGCGUGGUCCCUGGUUGUGACAUCACACCAGAAGCUGCUUUGACUAAGCUGUGCUACAUCCUCGGCAAGAAGGAGUUGUCCCAGGCGCAGCAGCUUGAGCUGCUGGGCAGAAACCUACGAGGAGAGAUUAAGACCACCGUGGAGAACAGUCAGAGUCUGACUCUGAAAGACAGUAAACUGAUCCGGGCGGUCGUUGACACCCUCAGGGUUAAUACAACUAAGGAAAUUAAGGCGGUACAAGAUGCUCUGUUUGUUCCUAUGAUGUGUGCUGCUGCAAAGAAUGGGGAUCUUGCAUCACUCCAACACUUCAAGAGUUGUGGUGGUGAUUUCACUCUGGCUGAUUAUGACGGUCGGACACCAUUACACCAAGCAGCUUCCACCAAGAAUAUUGAAGUUGUCCAGUACUUACUGGAAAACGGCUGCUCAGUUCAUCAGAAGGACUCUUUUGGAAAUACGCCAUUCUUUGAGAGUAUUCGAUGCAAAAACAUUGAAGUCAUCAAGCUGAUUAAGAAGACUGGGGGUCAUCUCAUGCACUCCUGUGCAAACGAAACAGGAACAAUCCUCUGCCACGCAGCAGCGUUGGACGACAGUGCUACAUUGGAAGCUUUCCAUAUUGCUGGAGUGGACAUCAAUUCAACCGACUACUGCGGUAACACUCCAUUACAUGUGGCUGUGAGGAAGGGAAGUGAAGCCAGCAUCAGAUUCCUGCUUGAAGCCGGAGCAGAUACCUCCGUCAAAGACUCACACAAUGCAACAGCACUGUGCAUCGCAAAAGAGCAAGGUGUAGAAGAUGUUGUGAAGCUUCUUGAAGGUGUAGUGAUUAGUUAGCAGAAUUUUAAACUCUUAAUUGAUUCCCAAAGCCAUGUGAAACAACACAUGUUUCCAGUAACUACAGGCUGUUUUGAUCCUUUAUUCUAAUAGUGGAUGCUGCAACGAUUUUAAUUGAUGGUGAAAUAUAGGAUUUGAACUGCCUUUAGCUUCCAGGGCCCAAAUUCAUAAAGACUGUUAGCAUAAAAACUUGCUUAGCACAGAAUAUUGCCUAAUAGAAAAGGGUUCGGAAAUAACAUUAAAGGCAGUGGACACUACUGGUGAUUGUCAAAGACUAGCCUUCACAGUUGGUGUAUCUGAAAAU